AUGUCUGUGACGUGUAUACCCCUAAAAAAAUUAGACGGUUCAAGAAAACUCGAAGAAUUACAUGCAGAACUUUUGUAUCCCAAACUCGUCAUUUUCGAAGAUAAUCAUAACUUUCGUAUUGUGGAUUUGAACACAAAAGAAGAAUCUAGUAACUCGGAUCUUGUUUUCAACUUCGAACAUGAAAUCCUUGAUAAAACAUUGCAGGAUCACUUGCUGUGGAUUAUUCUAAAAUCUGGUGAGACUGUUGUCGCAGACAUUGUGAAGGGCACACUAGCGAAGAUAAAAUUAGGCAAUUUCACUAAGUACCAAAUUAAUCGACUGCAAAAUGUUAAUCAGAAUGUGUAUUUCUUUAGUGAAGGUGGAGAAUGCCUUCAUGUGCCGCUCAGUGUCCAGGAAUUAGACGAAAGAAUUAGCAAAGGACCAAGUGAGAUUUCUCUAAAUUUAGAGAAGAUUCGUGUACGCAGUAUUGAAUCUGAACACAUGACUAAAAAGCAGCAAUUUGAUAAUCUCUAUUUAUUUAUUGAAAAUGGAGAUAUAAUUGUGGAGUGUCCUUUAACUGGCCUGCAAGAAACUAUAUCUACUGAUGUGAAGAUAGAGCGCAUUGUCCCAUGGGGUGAAUUAGUCGUCUUGUCCAGCAAAGAACGGAUGUGGGCUGUGAAUUUGAGAGAGUCCAAUGUUAUAGUGAAAAAUCUUGCAGUGACCUGGAAAUUUCAUUACAUAUUCUUACCCAUGUCUUCGGUUACUGCUACAAACGAAUUAAUUCCUUUCUACGCCAACAGCUUAGCAGAGGACAGUAUGAAUGAAAUGCGUCUGAAUGUUAAGAACAAAAAUGACUUCAUUACAUUUCGUAUACUGGGCGCAGGUUACGAUUUAUUAUCAGAUGAAUUGCGUGCAGUAAAACGUAAUGCAGCCAAGAGACUAUUAACAAAAGUCAUUUCUUGCCAAGAUCUCGAUGAAAUUUUACUAACAUCCUUACUUCUUAUGUUGAAUGAAGCUGAGAAAUCUGAAGAUAGCAUGUGGAUUGUGGACAUCCUUCAAAGUCAGAAUGAAUCUAUACCGCCAGUAAUAUUACGCUAUCUUUCUUCGCCGUUAAUUCGUAAUUUAUUUAUGUUAGAAAACAUUUUAUCCGGCAAUGUAGUUUCAUACUCACCUCAAUACAUAAUCAAAUCCAAAUUUAAUAUAAAUUUAACCGAUAUUGCACUCUCUGAUAAUACUGAAGAAACGUGGGAUGUGAAAGUGGUAUUAUUCUAUGUCUUGCGUAUGUACCCUGAAACGACAUUCGAGCGACUUGUUGAACUUUGUCGUACUUUGAAUGUUUCUGUUAACGACGGACUUUCCCUUCAACUUAUAGCCCUGCUAACUACUUGGGAACUAAAAUACAAAACGUAUAAGGAUGACUUGGGUUGCCGGCAGAUGUAUUUUGAAAAUAAUGAAAAGGAUCUAAUGUCGAAAUGUUUCACGAUCUGGAAUAGCAUCAGUGACAAAAAUUUAUUGAAAAACAUUCUCAGCGAUUUUUGGAAAAAUGGAGAAAGCACGUUGCAUGGCCGCUCGAUUACAAUUAAUCCAUAUUAUUACGAAGUUUACAUCUGCAUUUUUCAUUUAAUUUAUGGAUCAUCUGUAGAAAUGCGUAGUAAGAAAGAAUACUUUCUAUUAAACUUUUUAAAAGACUACAGACGAAAAAGUACUCCCAAACAGUACGAAUUUGAACUCUUUUCUAUAAAAGGUAUAUUUCCAGAAAUUGGAUAUCAUCGCCUUCCAUUCCACCUCUUUAUGCGAGAAGACAUGUGGUCUAAUUUAAAAUGUGAAAUAACACUUGAAACAUAUGAGCGUUGGUUAUCUGCUGUUGCAUUACUUUCCCUAGAUCCAGAGUUACAAACUGCAAAAGACAUGAUCUGUAGUAACGCCUUAAAACAAAGCAUGACAGCUCGUAAACGCAAUGAAAAUACUGACAAUGACGCCAAAGAUAGUGGACCUUGGCGGAUCACAACAAGAGAGGAGCCUUUGCUUCACGCUGCUCAUCGUUGCCUUAGACAUAUUGUAAACAUAGAUUGGACAGGAGCCUGUCUUUUUUACAUCUUGCAAGGUCUUGCCCGCGGCGCUGAUCAAGUAGCUGCAGCACAACUAUCAUAUCAAUUUGCGCAACGUUGGGCUGCUCAACAGCCAGAUAAUCGUGCUGCUCGACAAAUGGAACGCUUACAUUUUACCCUUUCGACACGUCAUGCAUUACAUAAGAUAGACUGGGCUUGUGAAGAAUUCGUACGACUUGUAGCAGAACCAGCCCAGCUUAUACGGACCUUGUAUCUACAUCCCGAGUUUGUCGAAAAAAUGGCUCGUUAUGAUGUAAAUCGUACAGCCGAUGAAAUAGCAGAUAAGAACGGAAUUAAUAUCAGUUCAAUUAGAUUUCAAAUCUUAGAAAAUAUUCUUUCUACGCAAAGCGAAGAAAAUAAAAGUAAAAAUGCUUCUGGAUUAGACACAAAAACGCUAAUGGUGGCGAAAUACAUACUUAAGGCAGCGUGCCCAAAAAUGAGCGCAAUUUACUUAUCGCGAAUCGUGUUUGAUGACGAAAGCGAUUUUAAUAAAUGUAAGAAGCUCAGAGCUCUGCAGUGUCUCAUGAGUGUUGUAGAUUCAGACACAGCUUUGAAAGUUACUAAUAAAGAUCGCGAUGCUCUUUGGCCAUUGCUCCUGGAAUUAUUGUACACAGUUAAACUUGAAGACAUUGAUAUGCCUUGGCUUGUCGCGAUGUUUGCUCAAGACAAAACUCUUGCACUCGAACAGUUGCUACAGACUGCCUCAGGGAGUGUUCAAGGUUUGAUGGUUGCGGCUGAUCUUUCACGCCGAUAUGGCAAUGUAAAACAUAUUAGGGAACUUUUACCUUUGUUAUUACGCGCUGGUUUGUACGAGGAAAUGAUUCCUUCUCUUUUGAAAAUAUUUUCACCGCCCGAUGAUAUUAUAUACACAGCUUGGAGAGCUGUAAUUUUGUCGCCAUUUCAACGUGCUGACUACCCUAUCACUGAACGUCAGAAAGCAAAAUGCCUAAAGGCGAUGAAUUUGUUACCUCUGUGUCCUGUAAUAAAAGACGCAGAUUUAAUAGAAGUUUGGAAAAACUGUUUGCGAUGCAAAUGUAUUGGUCUCGGUUGUUUGGUUUUGCCAUACAUAACACCCGAGAAAAGGCAAACUAUUAGUGAACUACACAAAAUUGACAAACGAAAAUUGAUUGCGAGUUUAAAGAAUUUGCACUCUGAGACAUAUCUAGUAUCAGGGGCUAUGUUAGUAGUUGAAAGUUUGACAUCGCGAGCUUAUCGAUAGGAAUGCUUAGUCAGACAUAAAAAUUAAAUGCAUAUAUAUUGUGUAACACUAUAUUGUUGGUGCUUUUUUUUAACCUUAAUAUACAAUUCAUAAUGAUUUUUUUAGUUUUAAGAUUUAAAAUAAGUACAUAUGAUAUUGAUAAGUAAAUACUUUUCUUGUGAGAUAUAUCAGACGUUUAUUAAAAAAAAAAUCACAGGUAUUCAUUGACUUACGAUAUUGAUAUGGACGUCGGGUCCGCGCUAAAAAGUGUCCGCACUUGUAAGGCGCUAAAAUCGUAUACAGAGCGCGACACUCCGCUUUAGUCUUCAUUUGUUCUACUGACAGCGCGAUAC